UCAGCGAAGACCUCACCUGGUUUCUAAUUAUGCCUGUAAUAGAGAAUAUAGACGCUAAAACAUUGGAAUUACAACAGCGACCAGUGUCGGUGGACGGCAGAACGGCAGUAUUUGUCGCCCUCACUAUUAUUGGAUUUAUGCAGGUUGUUUCAACUGUUACAGUGUUGUUACAUCUAACUGGACAUAUACCACAGGUGUACUCAUCCGCAGAGCUUCAGAGACCCACAGAGGGUGUUCUUAAUGAGAUGGCCCCGGGUGAUGCCUUGAGAGGGAAGCAGAGAACAGGAGCCAGAUCAAGGAAACAAAAAAGCGUUAUGCCAGCUGCUCACCUACCAGUAAGGCCAGCCAGCAGACAUGCACAGAGGACUAUACAUGCCACCAUCAUCCACUGGAACGCUGAGCAAGGCAACCUCCAACAUUUUGGAUAUCACAACGGACGGAUCCUGGUUGAGGAGUCGGGCCUGUACUAUGUGUAUGCCAAAACAUGUUUUCGUUACUACGAUAUUUUUGAGGUGAGCUCUGAGACUGAGCACAACAGUCAAUCUGAUGUCCCACUGACCCUUUCGCCAUCUGACUAUGGAGUGCAGCUCAUGCAAUAUGUGUUCCACGAGCGCAUCUCACACAGGACCUCAGAGCCGGUGUUGCUCAUGAAAAGCGGCAAUACAUGGCGUUGGAAGCGAGGAACGUAUCACAUGUGCUGUGAGCAGCAGAGUGGUGUGUUUUCACUGCAGGCUGGAGAGGGUGUGUAUGUCAGUGUGUUAAACCUUUGGUUGCUUGACCCAGAAGCGGAAGGCAGCUAUUUUGGGGCUUUUAGGGUAAGUAGUGAACUGUAGCUUUGAGGACUGUGUGUAAAACUGUUUACAUAAUUCACCAUUGACUCUUUUUGUACCUGUCACACUAUGGGAUAAAAGAAUAGAAACACAUUCUGUUAGUACAUUUAAAUGAAUGCACUGUCAUCAGCUCAGCACUGUGCUGUUUCAGUCUUUGACAUGGAAACAACUCUUAAAUGUAACCUGAUCAUACUUGCAGAAAUUAGGAUUUGUACAGCUCUGAAAUGAUGUUGCUGUUCUUGAUGCAGUCUAACAUUCUAUACCAAAUACUUCGUAAUAUCUAUUUAUCUUAAUAUUUAAGUGUUAAUUGAAAAUUCUCUUUAGCAGACCUGUAUGGCUUAAGCAUCUCAAUGCAAACAAUAUUACAGAUUUUUUAACUGUUGGACUGUUUGCCAGAACUGGCGAAGGGAAAAAAGCCAACCUGAACAGACU